AUGUCCGCAGAUACUUCUCAUCCCACCCCCACCACCGAUUCUACAUCUGUAGUGCCUUCUAGUGGAACUGAAGAUGUCUCUGCUACGAACCAGAAACUUCCCGCGGAGAUCUUCACGUGCAGCGCAUCUUUCCCGGCUGAUUAUAUCAUGGAUGUGAAGCUCGACGCACACAUGGGAUCCGAUAUUCCACUUUACGAUAGGCGUUUUCGGAAAGACAACAUCAUUUUCGAUGACAUUCCAACAUUCAAGCGAGAACAAGGCGAUGACUUCAACUUCGAAAAAGAAGACUAUUGGCUUUUCUGCGUCCAUCUGCAUGACGCCGAGAUGGAGUUCGCGAUUGGUGGGACAAAUGCUGUCUAUGCAACUUCACACCCCAAUUGGCGCAAUGUGAGCCGGACAACGGAAAAAGAGGUCACAUUUUUUGAGAAAGGUCUUUGCUUUAACAAAGCUGAGUUUAUGUUGGAAUGGGAUCGAUAUGUGGCUGUCAGAUGUCCAAAGAUGACCAACCCGGCGAUUACCAUCAAGGCCAAUGGGAAUUACGGCACAGUUAAAUGGGUAGGGCUGUUUGUGAAGUCGACUGCCGACGACAAAAAUCAAUUUAUCGCAGUCAAGACCACCAACAAAUUGUUGCCCAAAUAUGCCGCUCGCAAUGUGAAUUAUGAGUGGUAUACACCUGAUGGUGGCGCGGACGUGACCGACGACCGGAGCCUCACCCUUUGGCCGAAGCAGCUGUAUGGAACCAAAGGAAAUUCAGCAAAGACCUACGAUGAGUAUGUUACCUCUGACCCGGCACUUCAUCAUCGCAUAGGCGAAGUGCACUUGGCGAGAGUCAAAGAUAAGGUCAAGAAAGAAACUGCACCUAACGUCACAUCCAAGGGCAAGACAUAUACAUGGAAUGUGUCUGGCCGGACCUUGAUUAAAGGGACCAAUGUGUGUUCACAACGCAGAACACGCACUGGAUGGAAGUAUUUCAAUUACUCUGACGGUACCAAGAUUGAAGCUAAAGAGAAGAACGGAUUCAUGGUACUACUUGAAAUCUUUGGAACUAUCGGGAAGAUAGCCACAGGCAUUUUCAAGGGAGACUUUGCCAGCGUCAUCGGUGCAAUUCUAGAUAUCCCGGAGAUGAUGCAUGGGAUCCCGCUCGAUGCAGACGUGAAAGGCCUCGUGACAUCGAUAGUGCAAGCUGGCAAUGCUUAUUAUGAUAAGAGAAUAAAAGAGCUAGCGGCGGACAAAAAGCGAAAGGAAGAGUUGGAUAAAGCGAAGCGGGAAAAGGCGAAGCUACAGGGACUCAACACGGGUGGUGUUGAAUUGGUCAGCCACAAAACAUCUCCUUUCGAUAGCGAUUUUGGAUCUGAUUAG